UGAAACUUAGUCGUCUUCAGUAACAGCAGAGACUCAGGCCUGAGAGCUGAUCAUGCCCCUGAACCAACCGCAAAGCUGGUUGAAUGCUGUGGUCUUUGGGCUCCUGCUUCUCCUCCUCCAUGUGCAGGGUCAGGACUCCUCAGAAGUCAGCCCCAUCAGAAACACACACACGGGCCAGGUCCGAGGCAGUCUUGUUGAAGUCAAUGAUGCCAAAGUUGGUGUCCACACCUUCCUGGGAAUCCCCUUUGCCAAGCCACCUGUAGGGCCACUGCGUUUUGCACCUCCUGAAGCCCCUGAACCGUGGAGUGGUGUGAGAGAUGGGACCUCACAUUCAGCAAUCUGUCUGCAAAACCUUGAAAUGAUGAAUUCAGAGGGCCUGAUGGAUAUGAAACUGCCCCUGCCCUCAUUCUCUAUGUCUGAGGACUGCCUGUAUCUCAACAUCUACACACCAGCUCAUGCCAAUGAGGGCUCUAACCUGCCUGUGAUGGUGUGGAUCCAUGGUGGUGCUCUGGUUACAGGCAUGGCUUCUAUGAAUGAUGGGUCAAUACUGGCAGCCACUGAGGAUGUGGUGGUCGUCACUAUCCAGUACCGCCUGGGUGUCCUGGGCUUCUUCAGCACUGGGGACCAGCACGCCAGAGGCAACUGGGGCUACCUGGACCAAGUGGCCGCGCUGCGCUGGGUCCAGCAGAACAUCGCCCAUUUUGGAGGCAACCCUGACCUUGUCACCAUCUUUGGCGAGUCAGCAGGUGGCACAAGUGUGUCUUCACUUGUUGUGUCCCCCAUGUCCAAAGGACUCUUCCACAGAGCCAUCAUGGAGAGUGGAGUGGCCCUGCUCCCUGACCUGAUCUCUGACACCCACGAGAGGGUCUACACUACAGUGGCCAACCUGUCUGGAUGUGAGACCAUGGACUCAAUGAUGAAGUACUGGGCCAACUUUGCUAGACAUGGGAACCCCAACAGCGAGGGUCUCCCCUACUGGCCCAUGAUGGACCAUGAUGAGCAGUACCUGCAGCUGGACAUCCAGCCUGCUGUGGGCCGAGCCCUGAAGGCCAGAAGACUGCAGUUCUGGACCCAGACUCUUCCCCAGAAGAUCCAGGAGCUAAGGAAAUCUCAGCACAUGCACAAAGAGCUAUAGUGCCCUGUGUGAGGAAUGGUGUGUAGCAUUGGCUGCCGAUGGGGUCACCUUGAGGUUCCCAAAACUUAUUGAGUGAGCUGGGUUGAUCCUAACAUUCACAGAACCUCUGCACUAGUCUGUUUUGCAUUUAUCACGAAUCCUCUGUAUGUGACUCUAUCCUGCUGGGUCAUCUUUGUUAGACCCACUCAAUGAAUGCUCCAUAACAACAGGAAUUGUUAACCUCCCAAGCAGGCUCAUCUCCUUUCACAUUCCACUGCUACUAGGCCUCUUCACAAGUUAAAACCUGCCUGAGCUAUAGAACAAGCUCUUGGAAGGGCUAGAUUAGUUAUGCUUUCUCUCCACAAGAGAAAUUCAAAAAAAUUAUAAAAAUAUAAU